AUGGCAGCCUUGGAAACGGAAUCAAAGGCCUGGUUUGAGGCAGAACUGGAUGCUGGCGAUUGCGCCGCCGUGAAGCGGCUUUUCCUGGACCGGCAGGCACUCGAGGAGCGUGGAGGCAGCGAGUUUUCCCGACUGCUGUGGAUGUGCCGCAUCAUUGCCGCGGACCACCGCGUGGUGUGGGAGCACCUUUCCCCCGCGUUUACGGAGGCCUUCAAGCGGCCCGUGGACGCUUGGAACGAGCAGCUGGCGGUGAAGGUUCUGCGACUGCGCAUUGAUCGCAUGAAGGACGCCGGAGCCGCAGCUCGGCUGCGUGAGGCGCUUGACGAGCAUAUGACCACCGCCCUGAAGCCGGCCGCCACCACCCCACAUGUUGGCCCGAAACCCGUCGUGCGGGGGGCCGAGGCGUCUCCCUACAUUGUGCUCCCCGCCGCGCCUGGCGUGGAGGGCUCGCUCGUCUGCAACGCACCACUACCGGCGUUUGGUGAUUUUCUGCGUGUACCUCGCGAUCGCAUGUUCUUUAUCGACACCGUUGUGCAAUACUGCGAGCUGGGGCGGGUGGUUCAUGCCUCUGGCGAAUUGUCGAGCAUGAUCUCCGGCGAUGAGCCACUCCUCGUUCUUUGUCUUGUCUAUGAGCGGUAUGUGGCGGAGUCGUCGCACUGGGGCGACCUGCUGUUGUCGUGCCCCGGCGAAUACCCCACCGUCCCAAGUUUCUGGGGCUGGGAUGACCUCGCAGAGCUGGAGGGCCUUGACGUGCUGGAUGACGUGCUGGCCAAGAAGGCACAGUUGGUGCAGUUUCACACGGAGACUAUGGCGGUCUUGCCUAUCGUCUAUGAGGCUCUUGCGGGGAGCUGCCGACUUGGAAAGGAGGAAUUCCUGGACUGCUUCUCGCUCGAGGCGAUGAUGUGGGCCCGCGCGACGUUUGACUCUCGCGCCUUCAACUUAAAUGUGGAUGGGCGCGUCGUACUUGCCUUGGUGCCCGUGGCGGACAUGAUCAACCACGGCAACCGCAGCGAUGUCUUGGUGCGAAGGGUCGAACCCAACGGGGGGGAUUUUGUGAUGCAGAUAGGGGCGAGCCUGACGGCGCAGGACGUGGGUCGCGAACUGUGGAUGAGCUACGGCCCCCUGCAGAACUGGGAGCUGUUGCAGUUUUACGGGUUUGUCAUGGAGGAGAACGCCCACGACAAGUUGCCGUUCCCCUCUGAUUUCGCGGAGGGCGUCGUCGCCGACGAGUGGGACGAGCGGCGGGCGGCGCUGGUGGCGAAAUACGCCUUGCACCUUGCGGGCCGCUGCUGGAUCGGCAGUGACGGCCGCCCGCCGCCCGCGCUCGUGGCGCUGCUCCGCGUGCACUUGGCGGAGGCGGGGGAGUUUGACGGGUUGGAGCGGCACGGCCCAUUUGCGUGUUUGAGCGCCGCGACGGAGGCGCGCGUCGUCGCCGCAAUUGCCGAGACGGUCCGCUGCAUCCUCGACCUCUCAGGCACGUCGCUGGCGGAGGAUGAGCGGCGGUUGCGGGACGCCGGCAGCGGCGGCUCGGCCGCGGCGCACACUGACGACGGUGGCGGCCCCCAGCCACUUUCGCGCAACAAGCGGCUGGGCGUUCUGCUCCGCGUGGGGCUGAAACGCAUCGCCCACCGCUCGCUGGAGUGGUGCGGGGCGGCCGCGGCCGCCAUUGCCGCUCGGGCGGAGGCAGCGGCCGGCGGUGCCCGCGACGAGUAA